CGCGGCGGCGGCGGAGGAGAGAGCGGUGGCAGGAGGAGUGGCGGCGGUCUUCGGGAUCGCAUGUGCGUUGGUGAAGGUGCUGUGCGGCUGUCGGUGUCAUCGUGGCUCCGUCACCAUUCGUCCGUCACCAUAUCAUCGCCUCGUGAGGGCGGCAGCGCCGAGCAGCAGGACGGGUAGCGACUGCGGUGGAGCGUCGGAGCGAGAGCGGGGGGGCGGGGGGCGCGGCGGCCGCAGGGUGGCGGCGGCGGCGGCGGCGGCGGUGAGGGGGGAGAGGGAGGCGACGGGCGGUGAUGGAGAGACGGCGCCAAUAUGGAUCACGCUCUCUCACCGCACGCAUGCUUGCACCGAGGCACCGAGGCGAGACGACGAGCGCGACUGCGAGGUUGGAACACCGGACGAGGGGGCGGGGCGGGCGGCGGCGGCGGAGGAGGCGGCGGAGGUGGCGGUGGCGGUGGCGGUGGCGGGUGGAGCGAGGUGAUAGAGGGGAAGAGGAGCUGACUGGCCUCGCGUGCCGCCGAGCAGGAAAGUAGCGACUGCGGUGGAGCGUCGGAGCGAGGGCGGGGGGAGGCGGGGGGCGCGGCGGCCGCACGGUGGCGGCGGCGGCGGCGGCGGCGGUGGAGGGGGGGAGGGAGGCGACGGGCGGUGGUGGACGUGGAGAGAAGCACACACAGGACCACUUGCCGAAAGAAGCUCGAGCCGCCCGGAGGCUUGUUUGCAACUGCGGUUGGCAGCGGAAGCGAAGGGCGGGGCCGGGCCGGGCAGGCGCAGUCGAGUGACACCCGGCGCCAAUAUGGAUCACGCUCUCUCACCGCACGCAUGCUUGCACCGAGGCACCGAGGCGAGACGACGAGCGCGACUGCGAGGUUGGAACACCGGACAAGGGGGCGGGGCGGGCGGCGGCGGCGGAGGAGGCGGCGGAGGUGGCGGUGGCGGUGGCGGUGGCGGGUGGAGCGAGGUGAUAGAGGGGAAGAGGAGCUGACUGGCCUCGCGUGCCGCCGAGCAGGAAAGUAGCGACUGCGGUGGAGCGUCGGAGCGAGGGCGGGGGGAGGCGGGGGGCGCGGCGGCCGCACGGUGGCGGCGGCGGCGGCGGCGGCGGUGAGGGGGGAGAGGGAGGCAAGUCGUUGACCUGUCCACCUUGUGCCGGGGCGAAGUCAAG